AUGUUCUACUACGGAGAAAUCGAAGUCGGGACACCGAGCCAAAAAUUCUACACUGAUUUCGACACCGGCUCAAGCGUCACCUGGCAAGCAUGCAGCUCGUGUACGGAGGGUAGCUGCGCUCAGCAGACACUCGACAAGUUUGACUGCUCGGGGUCGAGCACAUGCAAUACGACGACUGAGAGAUUCUCGGUACCGUACGCGGACCGGAGCGAGGUCAGCGGGCGCCUAUUCACGGAUCGUUUGUGUUUGGCUGGAUACUGCACAAAGGAGCCGGUGCCAAUUGGGUGCGCUGAUACAAUGAAGGGCGUUUUUACCCGGAAACUCGGGGGAAUCUUUGGUCUCGACAUCGCAGGGAUCCCGAUGUCUGCUCUACACAGUAUUUUCAAAGACAAGAAGAACUGCCCGGAUCCCGUCUUUGCCUUCUACUUGAACACCACCCUCGACAACACCCAGCAAAGCGGCGGCGAGAUCACGUUUUGUGAAACAGACCCGGAGCAUUAUCAGGGCCCGAUUUCCUGGGUGCCGGUCGAUGCUGAGGUCCGGGAUGAGGCUUGGUUCGUGACGCCCGAAAAAAUUGUGGUAGGUCAGCGGGAGUUCCCGGGGUUCUCAGCCGUCGUCGACAGCGGCACAACUAUGAUGCUUCUCCCAGAAGAGAUCCUGGAAGAGUUGGCUCUACGCAAAUUGGAUGACGAGUACCCAUGCGCCAACGCCACGGAUUUCCCGGUGAUUUCGCUGUUCAUGGGCGCGUACGAGAUCAGGAUGACCGGGGCUGACUACAGUAUUCAGACAUCGAAGCCGGGCUACUGUAGUCUUGGCGUGUCUGGGAGUAGUGGAAUCCAGGGGAUCAAUAUCCUUGGCGACGUCUUCAUGCGGAAGGUGUACACCGUGUUCGACUACGGCAACCGACGCAUCGGUGUUUCGCCAACCCAACGACCGUCACGAUUCAAGCGGAAGGACUCAAAAGAUGGGAGCGCCACGCAUUUCAACCCGAUAGCUCAAUUAUGCAUUAAGUUUGCCGAACUGCUCGACGACGGUGCAAAAUCUGAAUUUGCCGGCGAGGCGCUGGUAUACAUGAUUUUCCUGGAGAACCAGCACGGAAUGGCUAUCGUCGAAAACAUGCGCGCCGCCUUCAAGGAGACGCUCAACGAAGACGACUGGCUCGAGCCGGCCACCAAGGAGAAAAUUUUGAGCAUGCUCGAAAAACUCGACUUUUACCUCGGCGCCUUCUACGAGGCCUACAGCGAGGAGAAGCUGAUGGCGCACUACAACAAGGUCACC